AUGACGUGUAAACGACAAUUGCUGGUGCUGCUAGCGGCCUUGCUGGUCAGCAGUAGCGCGAGUCUGGAUUCGAGUCGCGCUGACAUCACGGCAACCCUGAAGAACCCGCUACCAAGCGUAACGAUCGACGAGCCGGGCGCAAGGAAGAAAGUGCAAUCGGCCAGUGGCAGCGUGAUCACGGAGCAGCGCGGUCGCCAACCGCCGGGUUCGCCCGCCAAUCUUUUCACGCCCGACGAGUUCCAGUUUUACACGCUCAACGGCAAUGGCCAACUGGUUAUGAAGCAGAUGACCAAGCAGCAGAUUCAGGGCAUGAUUGCUGCCAGUGGCACUGGGCUGCCUGUCGAUAUGGGUCAUCACCACACCAAACUACCCGAAGGCGAGCCUAAGGUCGCCGACGUGGUUCAAAACGUGCAAAAUGUGCUGAAAGGCGAGUUAAGUAAGCCCGUGCCGGCACACACUUCGGGCACGUCAUCGAUACCCGGCAGCGUCAACAGCCAAUGGACGAACUUGCUGCCCUACAUAUUGUCCGGCGGCACGGUCGACCAACAAGACAUAACGCAAGACACGAGCAUGAUUUUACCAACGCUGGACGUGCAAUCGUCUGGUUACGUGGACAUCGUGCCCCUGCACAAUGGCAAACCGGUCGACGACGGCUACGAACCGGCCAAUCACGUGCAGAUACCAGCAGCAGCUUCCCGACCAACGCUCCUGGGUAACAUGGCCUUGGACAGUGGGAUUUUAGGCGAACAAGAGAGCCACCCGACCAAGAGGAGGCCAACGCGACCGACGUUGGACGAGGCUAAGAACUCGUCGAAACCCACCUUGUACAUCCCGCUGUCCGUGUCGUCCUCGUUGUUGGCUGACUCGCAACUCAAGGAUCAGUACGCUGGCAUCGAUCUCAGCAAGCUAGCCGUUCACGCUGCAAGACCAAGCCAGCAGAACGCGACGACAACAACGCAGAAGAGCACCGACUACGCUGAUUCCGAGAGCGCCGGAUUCAUCAGGCUGCCGACGAUCCAGGUGCCCGUGAUCGAGGCUGAUCAAUCGAGCACCAAGUCGCCGCAGAAAAUACCGGUUUACCAGAUCCUGCCGACGAUAUCGCCCCUCGCCGCGACUACCAAGGACUCGUACUCGUCGAAGCUCAACGUCGGCCCAAUGGGUGGAUUCAAAAAGCCGAGUACAGGUCAACGACCAACCUCGUCUUACCGGCCGAUUUACGAGCCAGUAACCCUCCGCCCGGUUUACGAGGCGACCAGCCGUCGGCCAGUCUACGAGCCAGCGACCAAAGUGACGCAGCGUCCGACCACUGGCAAAGCUUCCGCGGCGUCGCUCUACGAAUUGGCUACCAAGCCGAGCACGACUGCCACUGCUGCCAUCGGCGCGAGCUUCGAGUUACCGGAGAAAACCGGAGUCGACGGAGUUCAGCUAGAGACGACGGAAUCUAUCAAGGUAGAGGAAGAUAGCGUCGCGACGACCACCCUUGUCUACGACACCAGCGAGAGAUCGACGCGGAGGCAGACGCAGUUCGUCGAGGUGACGACGAACGAGGUACCGUACACGACAACGGAGCCCGAAGCAGCUGCGACCUCGAGCGACGGUUACGAGCCGAUCGCUACCGACAAACAGACCGACAAGAAAACACCAACCGAGCAGACGCAAUCGUGGACCGAGGUUGAAACUACUGUGCGCUUCGUAUCUGAAACGACCUCCAAGUACGACGAUACAAAGGAGACUAGCUCCAAGGCCGAGUACGUCGAUUUCACAACCACGAGCAAGCUGCAAGCUACCGAAAAGGAUUACGACAUACCGACUGUUCCGCCGAUGCUGUCGGAGUCGAUCAACUCGAUCAUCGGCAGUAUCGAGUCGAAACCCAUGUUCCACGAGAGCGACGUGGCCGGAGAAACGACCUUUGAGAAUAAGACUGAAUUCACCACCACUGAGUCUGCGACUACUGUGAAUCCGCCGGCUAAAUUGUCGACGCUGCCGGUCAGCUCGACGAGUCAGCGGAGGACCGAGUCUUCGAAUUAUCAUCACGAUGCCACUGUGGAGCCGACAAUCGGCGCUGCCCUCAGUACCAACAACAAUAGCCAAACCGAAGUUGAGUCGAAACAUAAGAUCGCGGUAACGACGCAAACGUACCUUAAGAGGAAAGAACCAGUGUCAGAGGAGGAAGUGUCCACUGUCAAAGUUAUUCCGAUAUACGACGACGACGACGACGACGACGACGACGACGACGACAACACGUUGAUCUUCACUCUGCCAGCCAAUUCCUCGACGAAAAUCGCGGGUGCAAUCGGGGCUAAGCUCCCGGGAAGAACUGAAUCGAAAUCGGCCAGCACAACGCAAAGCAGCCCGGCGCAAGAAGCUAGCUUAAUCGGCUUGGAGGAGACUUUUAACAAUUACAUGAAAGAGCAUUACGAUACGAAAUCGGCAACCACGGGAAAUUACGAUGACAUCUCGCACAUGACGACGUUCCCCACCAGCGUUGAGAAAGCUUCGUCGAACGACAAGAACAAGUUGCCCGUUCUGCUCAAGACCGAUUCCCUGAAACUGGACUCGAGCACGAGUGACCUCAGUAGCGAGCUGCCUGCUACGAUUGCAAUCGAAUCCACCAGUCCAAGUAUCGUCGAGACUGAAACGAGAUUAUCAGAUGAGAAUAAAACAAGCAAAGUGGAAACUCCCAUAAUCUUUUUGGACGUGUCGAGUCCUCAACCCGAAAAACAAAUAACGCUUGGCAAUGUAAUAAGUAACUCGACGCUCACGAGAAUCAAAACUAAUAAUCCCGUAGCUGAAGCCAAUAAAAUUCUGUUGGAUACAUCUGUCACCACUAACAGGCCAUCGACGGUGCAAUAUACUCUGCCGAGCGAAAGUCAACCGGCAAACAACAUCGCUAGCGGAAUUAUAGCAGGAUACCCGACUUACGGUCAAGGCAAACCAAUCACGGAUUACGCGACAAUUAGCACGGACAACAUCAAAGUGGCAGACAACAGGAAGAAACAGCAGCAGCAGCAGCAGCCGCAAGAUCAAGGCAAAAUCGUUAGUUACCAGAAAGUACAACAAACGACCUUGUUACCAGACAACGACAGCGACAGCGACAGCGACAGCGACAGCGACAACGACAACGACAACGACAACGACAACGCUACCGCUAUUAAUGCAGAAACUACCACUUAUCAGAGCGCUAAUUACGAGUAUUUCACUCAAAUACCAUUUGAAUCGUUACCGAUUGUUCGAAAGGCAACCAGCACGUUAGCGCCAAGCGUUCAUCCAUUGAACGAUCCACCAUUAGAAAAGAUCAGCGAUCUGAUUAACCAGCUGCAAAAUACACCAGCUAAUCGUAAUUCCAACGGAAUCGCAACGACUAUCGUUCCUCUAGACAAAUUCGAGACGAUUAUGAGUGACAGUAACACGACCCCAGCAGAUGACAUUCUCACCACCGUUAUCGAUAACAUCGGUAAGCCCUCGCCAGAGCCACAAAAUACCACGUACGUUACAGCACAGGCCCUUACAUCGAGCAAAGCUCACCAGACUAGCACGCAAUCUCUGACUCAGUUCACGACAACGGCGGUAACUAUCGCGAAGAAGUUAACUACCGAGAGACCGAUGAUCGUAUCGAAUACGACGAUCGCCGAUGCUAAGACAGUGAUGGCGGUUGUUAAGCAAUCCAUCACCGGACGACCUCACGCCGCGUCGACGUACAGCACCACCAAAUCCUCGAUCGACAAGAUCCAAUCGACGAUAGACAAGUCUGCGGGCAGAAUCAAUCUUGAGGAGGAGAAGACGAAGGCGCCACUCGUCAGGCCCACCGAACCGUCCAAAUUUACCAUGAAGAAUAAACUUCAUUACAGUACUUUGAGGAGACCGUCGAUCGGUGAUUUACAUCAGACGUACACUAGGAAAGCGACCAAGCCAGUUCUCAGGGCUACCAGCCCAACGUCGACAACGUCGGCAACGACCAAUAAGCCGAUCAGCGACUCCAAGGAGAACGACAAGUGGACCCUCGUCCCCCAAAAAGUCGUAGCCGAUCAAAGCGAAGAGAUCAGGAAAGUAGCAGUGAAAGAAAGCGUUUUACCAGCGCCUCCAGCGAAUUCACCAAUAGUGACGCUGGAUCACGCGAAAGGUGCGAUCGGUCUCGAUCAGAGUAACAAAGAUUUAGACAGUGACGUCGCUGAAUUUCUGAGCAUGUGCAACGAGCUGUCCUUCAAGUUCUGGACGCUGGCAAACACUGGCUUGAGCUCGUCGAGAUCAGUGACGAUGUCGCCGUUCGGCAUGCUGAGCACCUUAGCGAUGAUCUUUUUGGGCGCCAGAGGACUCACGUCCAACGCGAUGAACGAUAUUCUCAAGCUCGACGACGUGGUGACGUUCAAUCCACACCUGGUCUUUCAAAACAUUACCGACGCCGUCACCUUGGCGCGUGGCCAGGGUAUUGAGAAUGCUGCUUUCGUCCGAGCGUUGUUCGCCGACCGCUUGAAGGUGCGCAAAAUCAUGCCGUUUUACAAGGAGCAAGCUCAGCAGUUUUACGAGGGCGCCGUGGUGGAUGUCAACUUCUCCACUGCUGGUGACAUACUCAGGCGGCGAACGAACCUGCUGAUCAGGAAGCAAACCGGCGGAAGGAUCAAGGAUUUCGUGAAGGGUCACGCCGUGUCUUUGAGAUCGCCUCUGACCGCACUGUCGGCCAACGUAUUUCAAACCAGUUGCGACAGUCCGGAGGCCAACUCGGAAGGUCGUGACGGAGAGAUGUACUUUGCGGUAGCGCAAACAGUCAAGCAACGUAAGCUCGUGCCGAUACCAGCGGUCGUCUGGAAGUCUGGCGUCUCGGCCGGCUACGAACCGAGUCUCGACGCAACUGCCGUGGCUCUAGGUGAUCCCAAGAGGCCCGUGUCCUUGAUUAUGGUGAUGCCGGGCCAGCAGGGUCUCACUGCGGCGGGUGACAAUCUCGAGAGAUUGGAAUUCCGGCUUUUUGGCAACCCGAGCGACAAUGCACUGGAGAAAUUGCUGAAGGUUAUAAUUCCGAGGAGGGUUGAGUUGCAAAUGCCCAAGUUUAGCCAGCGUUCGAUACUCAACGUUUCUUCCACGCUGAAGAGGAUGGGAUUUGACCUGUUGCUCACCAAGACUGCCGAUCUCAAGGGCAUCAAUGGAGCUGGUCACGACCUCUAUCUUGCAGAGAUGAUUCAGAUGAAUCUGUUCUGCACGUGUGGGGACGAUAACAAAGCUGGUGUACGACACUUGGCAGAGACCUACCCAGGUACACCGCCGAGACACACCCGAGCUUGGGAGUUACUCAAAAAUAACAACGAACAGCAACAAAGCAGCGAUUCGAGCGAUUGCGAAGACGAAGAUCCAUCCGAGGAAGCAAUAGAGUCGAGUGAUAUUAGACAAAAGAUCCAAAAGAGCCGAUUACGUUGGUUUACUUCGUCGCGACGUCGAAGGUGUCGAAAUAAACGACAAGCUGAACAACCAGAGAGGCCACGAAUGAAGAUGGACAAGCCUUUCCUGUACUUGAUUAGACACAAUCUUAGCGGACUGAUACUGCACAUGGGACGAUUCAAUCCGAAGAAUCAGUCCUAA